CGUUUAGUCUUUCAUUGAUUUUUCUAUCAUUCACAACUGGUAUUCGAGCAAAAUAUUGAAAAUCGUUUUACGUCACGAUAUAUACUUACUAAGAGAAAAGAAAUAUUAAAAAGAUUUAGUAUUACAAAGGACAUUGAAUUAAAAGUUAUAUUUUUUGGUGUUGAGUGACAAUGACCACAGAGGUCGAGCAAACAACAAAUGACUUGUUGCAUUUUACUGGAAGAUUUAACCCUACAAAAUUAAAGCUCAACAAAGAAGCAAGGAAGAAAAAAUUUCUCCGUGCAACAUCAUUUAACUUUAAAUGGAGUAUAAAAUGCAGUGACUUUUCUUUGAAAACUCAUAAUCCAAUUAGAGCGAUUGUUGAUGGAAUGAAGAUUGAACCAAACCAGGAUAAGCCAAUGAUUGCGUUGUCGAUCGGUGAUCCGACAACAUUUGGAAACUUGCCACCAGCUGAUCAAGUUCUUGAUGCAAUGAAAAGUGUUAUUAGUGAUGGAAGUUAUAACGGUUAUGGACCUUCAGUUGGUUUCAUUGAAGCACGACAAGCAGUCGCUGAAUAUUCGCAACAUCAAGGCGACAUAUCAGCAAGCGAUGUGAUUCUCUGUUCAGGAUGUAGUUGUGCUCUUGAUUUGUGUAUUGCAGCUCUUGCUGGUCCAGGUCAAAACAUUCUCAUUCCAAAGCCAGGAUUUUCUAUUUAUGCGACUUUAGCUGAAGGCUUUGGAAUUGAAGUUCGUUCAUAUAAUUUAAUACCGGAAAAGAAUUGGGAAAUCGAUUUAGAUCAUUUGGAAACUUUAAUUGAUUUAAAAACAGCUGCUGUUAUAUUAACUAAUCCAUCGAAUCCUUGUGGAAGUGUUUUCAGCAAACAACACAUCCUUGAGAUUCUACAAAUAGCUGAACGUCAUUACGUCCCGAUCAUUGCUGAUGAGAUUUAUGAGCAUUUCGUGUUUCCUGGCAAUGAAUAUUAUUCAGUAUCGUCAUUGUCAAAGAAUGUUCCUGUUUUGUCGUGUGGUGGGAUUACGAAGAGAUUCUUAGUGCCUGGUUGGAGAACUGGAUGGAUCAUCAUUCAUGACCGACAUGGUGCAUUUUUGGAAGUUAGAAAAGCGAUAACAAACCUGUCGAGCAGAAUAUUGGGAUCGAAUUCUCUUGUUCAAGGAGCGUUGCCUGCAAUUUUGAAGAACACACCUCAGAAGUUUUAUGACGAGUUGGUUGAAACGCUGCAAAAUCAUGCAAAUAUUGCUUAUCAAAUGUUAAAAGAGAUACCAGGACUUGUUCCGAUUAUGCCCAGUGGAGCGAUGUACAUGAUGGUCGGCAUUGAAAUUGACAGAUUUCCUGCUUAUAAUAAUGAACUUGAUUUUGUUCAAGAUCUCGUUCGUGAACAGAGUGUCUUCUGUUUACCAGGAAAAUGCUUCAACAUUGAUAAUUUCAUGCGAAUUGUUCUCACCGUGCCACGAGACAUGAUGGUUGAAGCUUGUAAUCGAAUAAGAGAAUUUUGUGAGAAACAUUAUAAGUCAGACAUAGACACGAUAGACGAGAUUGCAAUGAAUGAUCUCGCCAUGAAAUUGAAAUGUCUAUACAAAAAUUGCUACUUCGUUGGCUUCCUUUGUCUGUUUGAAACUUACCUACGUUCAUUGUUUCCUUUCGUCAGCAUGGAUCAUGUUACGAUGUUAAAAGAGAAAGCGAAUCAUAUAACGAAGCAUAGUCUAGAAUAUUUCAUUGAAAAGUCGUGGAAAAUCAAAAUGACUUCAUUCGCAAUGAAAACGGAAAAUCCAUUAAGGAAAAUCUGGGAAGGUCAUAAAGUGUUUCCAAAUCCAAGGAAGGAACAAAUAACACUUCAGAUUGGCGACCCAACAGUUUUCGGAAACUUUCCGGCAUUUCCUGAAAGUGUCGAAGCUAUAAGAUCUGCGUUGAAUAAUGACAACUUUGCCUACACUGUGAGUGCUGGUGGGAAAUGUGCAAGACAAGCAGUUGCUGAUUAUGUUAAUAAAAACAACAAUGACAACGUAACAAGUGACGAUGUUUUUAUUACAAAUGGAUGUUCAUGUGCACUUGAGACUUGUUUUCGUGUCUUAAUCAAUCCUGGAGAAAAUAUUUUGAUUCCAAGUCCAACAUGGAACUACACAACUUGGAUAUCUGGAUCGGGAAUUGAAGUGCAAUUUUAUAAAUUAAACCCAGACAAUGACUGGGAAAUUGACUUGGAAUAUCUCGAGAGUUUAAUCAACGAGAAAACAAAAGCAAUUCUGGUUAACAACCCGGGAAAUCCUUGUGGAAAUGUUUUCUCGAAGCAGCAUAUGUUGGAUAUUAUUAAAAUUGCAGAACGUCAUUGUCUUCCAAUAAUUUCCGAUGAAGUUUAUGAAUUUUUUACUUUUCCUGGUGUUAAAUAUUAUUCAUUCAGUUCAUUGUCCAAGAAUGUUCCGAUUCUUGCGUGCAGUGGAUUAACUAAACGAUUCUUAAUGCCUGGAAUAAGAAUGGGUUGGAUUGUGAUUCAUGAUCGUAAUGAUUUGUUUCAUAAUAUUCGUCUGGGCUUAGCAAAUGCUGCCGGAAGGAAUUUCUGGCCAAAUUCAACGGUUCAACUCGCACUGCCAAACAUUAUCAAAAAUACGUCACAAGAAUUCUUCGAUGACACUUGCAGACGUGUUUAUUCACACGCGUUAUCAGCUUACAAUAUUUUGAAAACCAUUCAUGGAUUGAAGCCAAUAAUGCCCAAGGGAUCAAUGUACAUGAUGGUAGGGAUAGAACUUAAAAAGUUUCCUGAGUUUACAACAUGUUUGGAGUUCACUCAAGCAUUGAUCAGGGAACAAAGUGUGGCAACUUUCCCAGGAUAUCCAUGCUUUUAUUAUCCAGGAUUUUUCCGAAUUGUUUUGACUGUACCGGAAAAUUUGAUUUCAGAAGCUUGCAAGCGAAUAAAAGAAUUUUGUGAAGAUCACAGAGACAAAUUGAUAUCAGUUGCACUUCGUCCAUUAGAAAGUAUUCCUAAUUCUUCACAAAUCUCCCAAAUUUCAUCUCUGCGCCAUUGGUUUCAACAUUCAGAGCGGAUAAUUAUUAUGUCAAAUACUCAGUGGAAUAUUAAACCAACAUAUUUUGGAAUUCACACCGUUAAUCCUUUAAGAAAAUUAUGGCAAGAAAGUUAUCCGAGUGGAAAUCCAAAUAAAAGUCAUAUAGUCCUACAACCUGGUGAUCCGACAGCAUUUGGAAAUUUUCCAACUCAUCCUGAAUGCAUUAAAGCAUUGCAAGAUGCCGUUGUGAAAGAUACAUUUUCAUAUUAUGACGUGGCAGGAAUUGUUGAAGCACGUGAAGCUGUUGCGAAAUAUUCAAAGCAUAUUGAAGAUGUCAAAGCAGAUGAUGUGAUACUGACAAGCGGAGUGUCAAUGGCUGUAGAAAUGUGUAUCAAAGUUCUUGUUAAUCCAGAAGAAAACAUCUUGGUCCCUUCUCCAGGAUGGAAUUAUAUUACAUACACUGUCGGUGUUGGUAUUAAAACGAAGUUUUACAAUUUACUGCCGGGGAAAGAUUGGGAAAUUGAUUUGGAACAUUUGGAGACAAAGAUUGAUGAGAAAACAAAAGCAAUUCUUAUAAAUAAUCCGGGGAAUCCUUGUGGAAAUGUCUUCAGUAAAGAACAUAUUUUAGAUAUUUUAGAAAUUGCUGAACGUCAUAAGCUGCCAAUAAUUUCGGAUGAAGUGUAUGAGUUCAUUACAUUCCCUGGAGUUGAAUAUCAUUCUUUCAGUUCAUUAUCAAAGAAUGUUCCGGUUUUUAUUUGCAGUGGAUUGACUAAACGAUUCUUAAUGCCUGGAAUAAGAAUGGGUUGGAUCAUCUUAUGUGAUCGUGGCAAUAAAUUAACAGAUCUUCGACCAUGUCUGAAGAAUAUUGAAGGAAGAAAUUUCGGCCCAAGCACAGUUGUUCAACUUGCACUUCCAAAUAUUCUUAAAUGCACACCGCAAGAGUUUUUAAAUAAAACACCAAAGCAACUUGCUAAACAUGCAAACAUCGUAAUCAAAAUGCUGAAAGAUGUUCCAGGCAUUCAAACAGUUCCAUCAAAAUUUAAUAAAAUGUUGAACAGUUGGGAUGAAAUUAAAAUAUCAGAUUUUGCUCGAUUAACAAUUAAUCCAUUGCGAAAGUUUAAGUUUGAGAGAAUUAUCGAACCAAAUCCAUCAAAAAGUGUGAUCACUUUACAACUUGGUGAUCCGACAGUUUUUGGGAAUUUUCCACCACCAAAAGAAUUAUUGCAAGCGUUUAAGAAAGCAAUCGAUGUUGAUAAAUUUCCAUACAACGUGGGAAAAGGAAAACUUGAAGCUCGUGAAGCAAUAGUGGAAUUUGCUAGAAAUCAAGGUGACAUAACAGCUGACGAUAUUCUCUUAGCUUCGGGAUGCAGUCAUGCAAUAGAAAUGUGCAUUCUAACUUUGGCAUCGCCUGGAGAGAAUAUUUUGAUUCCACUGCCAUGUUACAAUUAUAAAACAUGGACUGAUGGAAUGAGAAUUGAGACAAAAGGGUACAACCUGAAUCCAUUGAAAUCAUGGGACAUUGACCUGGAGCAUUUGGAGAGUUUAAUUGAUGAGAAAACUCGUGCAAUCGUUGUCAACAGCCCUGGAAAUCCUUGUGGAAAUGUCUUCAGUAAAGAACAUAUUUUAGAGAUUUUGGAGAUUGCUGAACGUCAUAAGCUGCCGAUUAUUUCCGAUGAAGUCUAUGAAUUUUUUACAUUUCCUGGAGUUGAAUAUCAUUCAUUCAGUUCAUUGUCCAAGAAUGUUCCGAUUCUGGCAUGCAGCGCACUUUCAAAGAGAUUUUUAAUCCCCGGCAUAAGAAUGGGUUGGAUCAUCGUCAAUGAUCGUCAUGGCGCAUUUAAGAAUGUCAGAAUAGGUUUAGAGAAUGUUACUGGAAGGAUUUUAGGACCAAACUCGGCAGUUCAACUUGCUUUACCCGAAAUAUUGAGAAACACUCCUCGAGAGUUUUUUGAAGACACCACAAAACGAGUUUUCGAACAUGCAAAAACUGCUUUCGAUAUUCUCAAUGAUGUUGUUGGAUUAAAUCCAAUAAUGCCAAAGGGAUCAAUGUACAUGAUGAUAAGAAUUGAUCUUGAAAGGUUUCCAAUGUUUUCAUCGUGUUUGGAAUUUACUGAAACUUUGAUCAGAGAAGAAAGUGUUUUAACUUUUCCCGGAGUUCCAUGCUUUAAUUUUCAUGAGCUAAAGGAAUUUAUUGAAAUGUCGAACAGUUGGGAUGAAAUUAAAAUAUCAGAUUUUGCUCGAUUAACAAUUGAGCCAUUGUGGAUGUUACAGUUUGAGAGAAUUAUCGAACCAAAUCCAUCAAAAAGUGUGAUCACCUUACAAAUUGGCGAUCCAACUGCUUUUGGGAAUUUUCCACCACCAAAAGAAUUGCUGGAAGCGUUUAAGAAAGCAAUCGAUGUGGAUAAAUUUCCAUACAACGUGGGAAAAGGAAAACUUGAAGCUCGUGAAGCAAUAGUGGAAUAUGCCAAGAAUCAAGGUGACAUAACGCCUGAUGAUAUUCUCUUAGCUUCGGGAUGCAGUCAUGCAAUAGAAAUGUGCAUUCUAUCUUUGGCAUCGCCUGGAGAGAAUAUUUUAAUUCCACUACCGUGUUACAAUUAUAAAAAAUGGACUGAUGGAAUGGGAAUAGAGACAAAAGGGUACAACCUGAAUCCAUUGAAAUCAUGGGACAUUGACCUGGAGCAUUUGGAGAGUUUAAUUGAUGAGAAAACUCGUGCAAUCGUUGUCAACAGCCCUGGAAAUCCUUGUGGAAAUGUCUUCAGUAAAGAACAUAUUUUAGAGAUUUUGGAGAUUGCUGAACGUCAUAAGCUGCCGAUUAUUUCCGAUGAAGUUUAUGAAUUUUUUACAUUUCCUGGAGUUGAAUAUCAUUCUUUCAGUUCAUUGUCCAAGAAUGUUCCGAUUCUGGCAUGCAGCGCACUUUCAAAGAGAUUUUUAAUUCCCGGCAUAAGAAUGGGUUGGAUCAUCAUCAAUGAUCGUCAUGGCGCAUUUAAGAAUGUCAGAAUAGGUUUAGAGAAUGUCACUGGGAGGAUUUUAGGACCAAACUCGGCAGUUCAACUUGCUUUACCCGAAAUAUUGAGAAACACUCCUCGAGAGUUUUUUGAAGACACAACAAAACGAGUUUUCGAACAUGCAAAAACUGCUUUCGAUAUUCUCAAUGAUGUUGUUGGAUUAAAUCCAAUAAUGCCAAAGGGAUCAAUGUACAUGAUGAUAAGAAUUGAUCUAGAAAAGUUUCCAAAGUUUUCAUCGUGUUUGGAAUUUACUGAAACUUUAAUCAGAGAAGAAAGUGUUUUAACUUUUCCCGGAGUUCCAUGCUUUAAUUUUCCUGGCUUUUUCCGCAUCGUGUUGACAGUCCCUGAUGAUAAGUUAAAAGAAGCGUGUUUAAGAAUAAAAGAUUUUUGUGCACGUCAUAUCAAUAAUUAAAUUUUAUUCUAAUAUUUUAAUAAUUAUUUUAAACCUUUGAAAUUAUUCCAAUAAAGAGCUAAAGGAAGUAAAUUAUCUCUAAUACCAAGACUUUUAUCUCUCAAGUUGAAGUUUACUUUACGUAGUCUUUCAAGAUAUCUUCGCGUUGUGACUGCUGGCAGGAAAAGAACUUUCGAUUCUUUCGGAACUUGUGACAUGAGAGCUAAAGAUUUCUCCAAAUGUUGAUGUGCAAGUGUUGCUAUAUCAAAGACGACAUCCUCAACACCUUUAUCGUUUGGUUUACUUCUAAAGAAUCUUUCCUGACUGACUCCAUGCUGCAUGAGAAUUUCUUGAGGAAUCGGAAGGUACUGACUUCGACCGCGAUUAUAAAUCGA